CCGCCGCCAUGCACAUGUCCUGAUUGUCAGACUUACUAUUACACACUCCGAGAGCAGGGAAUCGAUAGAUAUCACUAUACCAAGGUACUCGCUGACGAGGAAGCGAGAGCCCUGAUAGCCGGACAUACCAAGCAGAUCUUCACAAGUCAAAAGUAUCUCCGUCAUGCCGUACAACAUCAUGGCGAGCACAUCCUCAAUCGCUGGCGGAAGCGCACUCAAUCCAAACGAAAAGAAUUACUCUUGGCAACAGAGCCAGCUCUACCUCACAAGAAAGGGCUCGUCGCUGAGCUGGAUUAUUCGAAUACGAGCUGGCAAGUGUCGCGAGCAAAGUACAGGAAAUACUUCCUUCUUCCAUAUCUUGACCUCGAGACACUUGCCAACAAUCCAGCAGCUCUUGUAGGCCUUAUACACGCCCGUGCAAACAGUUCCCCGGCGGAGUGGGCACCGUUCGACCACGAACAGUUGAGAUCAUCCUGGGGUUUGGGCUUACUUGACGCGGAAUUCAAUGCAGGAGCUGUUAUCAUGUUUGGAUCGAAGUACGGUACAUACACGAAAUGGGAAGCGAAGGCGGCCCAUCGAUUCGAUUUGGUCGGAUUCCCCCGCGCUCAACAGAUAUUCGAAGCUCAAGCUACCCUUAUGAGGUUUCUCCAGCAAGUGGUAGAGAAGCUACUGGAAGGCUUACAGGAUGCCGAGGCUGUCUCUGCUGUCGGACGAGAAUCAGUCAUCGCACCAGGAUUAAAGAUGACAAGGGGCUCUGCCGCUUGGUCCAGCUUCGUGCACCGGCCAUUCCUCGCGCCUCCUCGAUUCGAUGUCGACGCACUGUUGGCUCUUGUCAAAGCAAGGUAUGAUGCCACAAGCGACCAUUUGUGGCUACUCCAGACCGAGCCGUCGUACAUGAAGCGCUACAUGCGCAAGCUCGGUCAAAUGGAGAGUGUACAAACGGACAAAAGAAAAGAUGUCGGACUGGCUAUGAUCAAUGGGGAGAUUAUAGGCGAUAUAAACAUUCAUGUCUUUUGGCGUAUGGCAUUGGUGGAGUUCGAACACCUGCAGAAGGUAUACCGACGAUACCAGGACUCUAUUGUAUCUGGAGCGCCACUACCAAAAAAGAUCGACGACGUGCUCGGCGCUCUCGAGCUUCAACUGGUCAAUCAAAUUCAUAAACGCUCUAAGCAACUCGUUGCUAUCACCAGUCAGCGACCAGGGUUUCGCAACAUCUACGACUAUGAAGAUGCCACUCCCGUCGAGGGAAAGAACAACAAGUGGAAAUAUGAGGUAACGCUCCAGAUCAAGGAACAGUUUGCAUCAAAAAAGAACGAUAACACUUCUGGCCAAGCUCGAGCAUAUCGCACCGAAAAGCUGUGGUGGAUACUCACGCAACUUCAAGGCCCUCCGGAUAGUGAAACCCGAUUUCGCUACGCCAUGCUGCUGGACAUGCUCGACGAUCAUCUUGCAUCCUCCACUCCCGAGGAGCGUGCGCGUCUAGAUGAAAUCCUGUAUGAGAAUCUGUCAGACUAUGUGACCUUGAUAGAACUGCUUUGGGCUAUCCGUAUGCACUGUCCCCGAAGUACCAUCCGCUCUAUAAGCGAUUGUGUACAGACAGAGGAUCGAAUCUACUGGAGGAUCAUAAAGGGUAGAGAUGUGAUCACAUCUUCUGAUAACAUUUCCAUGAUCAAAUCACUCACAGUCUUUCGGGCUACGACACCGCCCAGUGGUCAGCGUAACCAUGGUUGGCUCCAGCAAUUUGAUAACUUACACAGCGCUCUCCGAGACUAUUGGCGAAAGACAUCCAGUGUUUAUAGAGAUAUGUUCAGAGGCUGGGGCCUCUCAGCCAGCGAUGUGGAGCUUUUGAUGGAAAGUCUAAUGCUGUGGGACAACUCUGAAUAUACCUCACGACUUGACGCAAAGCGAGAGCAAGUCUUAGCCGACAUGCGGAAACCCAAGGCACUGGAGAACGAGGAUAUGUUUCUGCCACUACCAACAACGACAACGAGCGUGUCAGCCGAGUCCGAUGUAGCUCAAUCCAAAGCCAAAGUGAAAACUCGCGGCGAGUCCCAGCCUCAAAUAUUGGAGAAGCAAGAACAGGCUGUUGAACCACAAGAGCCGGCUGUUGUAACGAUGGAGCUUUCUAAACGUUCAUACGCCACUUUUCGCUCCAUGUUUCCUGCUACUGCCGAGGAACGUCAAAAGAGCACUGAAUGGGGCGUUUUUGUAGACAGCAUGGCAGACGCAGGGUUCGUAGCUAAGAAUGGCGGAGGAUCGAUCGUCACAUUCGAGGACGGAAAGGGUGGAGGGAAAAUCAUAUUCCAUCGGCCCCAUCCAGAGCCGAGCAUUGACCCCGUUAUGCUUCAGUCUAUGGGUCGUCGUAUGAACAAAUGGUUUGGCUGGACGCGGAACACCUUCGCACUG